AUGUCGCUGUCAUCGCCUGGAUGCCGCCCUCAUGGCCUGGAUGUCGCUGUCAUCACCUGGGUGUCCCCGGACAGGAUGAGCCGCAUCAGGAUUUGCCCCGGGGCCACCUUUCACCCGGGCUGGGCGAGCCCGCGGUGCCUCAGAUACGGAUUCUCCAGCAGCAGCGAUUCCAUCACGGACCGGGAGCUGCUGCAGCUCUCAGAGCAGCUCUACGGGCUGGACCACAACAAAGCCCGGCCCAGCGACGUCGCCAUCAACCCGCAGCACCUGGCGGGCCCCGACGAGACCGGGGACAAGCAGGACCGGUCCCCGCAGCCGCUCUACAAAUACGUGAACGAGGAGCUCUUCUCCAAGCCCACCUACGCCAGCUUCAUUAAGCUGCUGGAUAAUUACCAGAGGGCCACGGGCAGGGAGGAGGAGGUGACGACCGAGGAGCUGCGGGAGCAGGAGCGUUUCCUCGAGGAGGUGAUGAAAACGGAGCUGAUGAAGAAACUCUUUGUGUUCCUGCAGGGAAAAAACCGCUACAGCUCCGAGCAGGAGUUCCUGCAGGAUCUGAAGCAGAUGUGGUUCGGCCUCUACUCCCGAGGGGACGGAGAGCGCGAUUCCAGCGGCUUCGAGCACGUCUUCUCAGGGGAGGUGAAAAAGGGAAAAGUGUCUGGAUUUCACAACUGGAUCCGCUUCUACCUCCUGGAGAAGCAGGGGGUCGUCAACUACUUCAGCCACAACUUCAACGGGCCGUGGGACACGUACCCCGACGUGCUGGGGCUGCAGUUCAGCUGGGACGGCUUCUACAAGGAGGUGGGCUCGGCGUUCAUCGGCUGCAGCCCCGAGUUCGAGUUCGGCCUCUACUCCCUCUGCUUCCUCGCACGGCCCGGCCGGGCGUGCCACCUGAGCCUGGGCGGGCACCGCCUGAGCGUGCAGACCUACCCCUGGACCAAAUCCACCUACGGCAGCGGCAGGAGGUUCAUCGCCACCGCCUACGUGAUGUCACCCUGAGGGGACACGGCUGGGGGCGAGCACCGGGGCCGCCCCCGCGCUGCUCGGGGCCGCUCCGGCCCCACGGGAGCGGCUGCGCUGCGGGCCCGGCCCGGGGGGGGGGUCCGAACCCUGCGGGGAGGGGAGGAGGGGAGACCCCCAGACCCAGCCGCGUGUGGCGGGCCGGGGCUCGGCAGGAGAGCGGCGGGAAGGGAAGGAUUGGGCACGGAAAGGAGGAUCCUGAGCGGAAUAAAAGCUGCCCUGGCUGGAGGAGCGUUGGGUUGUGGGUGCAGCAGCCCCCCCUUUAUCCCCCCGCGCCCCAUUUCUCCCUCCAUUUGUCCCCUCACCCCCUCUCUGAGCACUCCCCUCCGGUCUUGUCCCCUCCGGACACCUCCGGUCCCGGGGGUUCUGUCCCCUGGAGCCCCUCCUCGGGAAUUCGGCUCUGCCCCGGGUGCCUCCCCCCGCCCCCGCCCAGCUGAGCUCUCCCCGGAGGCCGCGGUUCCCCAGAGACCCCCAAACCCCCCGAGGUGGGGCUGCUCGGGGCUCCAGCUGCUCCAGCACUGCCCCCAGGGGCACAAAGCAGAGCUCGGGGGGCAGCGGCACCCCCAGGCCGG